UUUUAGGGAGCCCCGAAAUGAACAUGGCAACUGGUUUAGCCCAGGAGGCUUUAGGGGAGGAAUUAACCUGUGCUAUCUGUCUGGAGAUUUACACAGACCCUGUGAUACUCGACUGUAAACACAGCUUCUGUCGAAGCUGCAUUGAGGAGACGUGGAAUGACACAGUUGCAGCCCCUUACUGCUGUCCCGAAUGCAGAGCAGAGUACACCGAGAGGCCCGGCCUUGAGAGGAACUUUAAGUUGGCGAAUAUCGUUCAGAAAUACCUGGCUCUGGAGGUGUCUCAGGAUGCUGUUCUGUGUAACUAUUGCACUGAGAAACUGCGCCCAGCGGUGAAGACCUGCCUGAAGUGUGAAGCUUCCAUGUGCCCAGAACACCUCAGACAUCACACCGAGAGCUCUGUGUUCAAAAGCCAUCUCCUUGUAGAUCCCACUGCAGACAUAUCCCAGUGGAAAUGUUCAGAACACCAAGAGCUGCUGAAGAUUUACUGUAAGGAGGAUAAGGUGUGUGUCUGCACACUCUGCACUGUGUUUGGGAAACACAAGGGCCACAACUGUGGGAGCAUCAGCGAGGGAGAGAAGGAGCUCAGGAACCAUUUACAACAUCAGCUUCAGAAGAUUCGCAACAAUGUUGAAGCAGUUCAACUUGCUCUGAGUGACCUUCACAAGGAGAAGAAGAAUGCACAGAGCAUGAAAAAAGUUGUACAGAUGAAAAUUAAAGUGAAAUACGAGACACUGAGAAAGCACAUUGACAAGGAAGAGAGGAGGAUUCUGCGGUACCUGGAAUAUGAACAAAACCAUCUGACUACAGAGAUUGAUGUUAAGAUCUGUGAUCUGGAAAAGAAAGUGAAAGACUUUGAAAAGUCUUUUUCUGAUCUCAGUGACCUUCUGAAACACAACGAAGAUCUCCUUUUUAUCCAGGGUCUCAAUUCCAUGGCAGACAGAAUGAAGGAUGCAUCUGAGCCCUUUAUAGCACAGGUUCCCAGCUCGGAUAUUGAUGUAUCUGUUGCGGAAAGACUGUUAGAAUGGGUCCAGCAGCAGUAUGUCACAACACCCCAACCAGUCCUGGACAGGAACUUCCUGGUCAGUAUGUAUGGACAGACACCGACCCUAGAUCCUUACACAGCAUUUCCUCACCUCAUUCUGUCAGACAGUAACCGAUCUGUAUCAGGAUCAAAACGCCAGCAACCUUACUCUGAUAACCCAAAGAGGUUCAACUACUGGUGGCAGGUUCUAUGUACCGAGAGAUUGAGCUAUGGUCGCUGCUACUGGGAAGUGGAGAUCGGAGGAGAUCGCCGUCGGUGGGAUGUUGGGAUGUGUUAUGAGAGUUUGAGCCGGAAAGGCAAAGGGAAAGAAUGUUCACUGGGACAGAACAAGGAGUCAUGGUGUCUAUACUCAGAGCCAGGGAGCGUUGCAGCCUUGCACGAUAACAAUGCCACAAAACUAACUGCUCAAAUGCCUACAAGGGUGGGAGUCUAUGUGGACUUUGAGGCUGGAAUAAUCUCAUUUUACAGUGUGUCUGACAGGAAACUAACACUAUUACACAACUUCCGGGAGCAAACUUUUACUAAGCCCCUCUAUCCAGCUCUGGGAGUGGCUGACUUCACGACAUCCCUGGCGUUGUGCAGUUUAAAGUAAUGCAUUAUCAAUGUUGAUAUUGAAAAGGAAGUGAUCUGAUCAAAAAUUGCAAGCGUCUGUCCUUUAAUUGCAAUGGUGCUGUGUGAUUAGUUAAUUGAUACUAUGCAAUUGUUCCUCAAACACUGGGACCAGUGUCUUAUGAUUAUGUGUCUUAUCAUUGCUGGAGUGAUGUUUAAGAAUUCCUCUAGCAAGCCAUCAUGCCUGACAUGAAGGAAAUAAUCAGCCAAUCCAAGAGUAACCAGUGCAUGGCACAAGUCUUACCCAUGUAUCUUUGGCAGCAGUCUCAUCCUCUAUAUCAAAAAAAUGUUGGUGUAGGCUUUACUCCUGUGACUUGAGCACAACAUCUAGAUUGUUAGUCCAGUGCAGUGCUGUCUUUAGCAUUAGCUGUCAAACUAAAAUGCUGUCUGGCCUAUCAAAUGUCAAGAAGAGUCGGACCAUCCUGUCUGGUGUCCUGGCCAUAGUUAUUCUUCAAUACUAAAACACAUGAUCCCAUUGCUGUUUAUAGGAAUUUGCUGUUUUUUGAAGUCUUUUUUCCAGUGCGGGUGGCACCCUAAUUUGAGGGAUUUUAAUAUCCCUCCUGUCCCAAUGAAUGUUUGAAGUCUGGCACAGAUGCCACUGCCAGCCUCCAAGUCUUGCUAAAACAGGAUCUCGGAGACAUGGAUAGAAUCAGUGAGGUAGUUAAGACAAUAAUCAUCCACUGGUACUUGGGAUGGUAGUAUGGUUUACAUUCUUCAGCCUUUCUGAAAUUCAUCUUCCAUUUACCCAUGAAGCUAGUCACACACUCACUGGAACAGCAUGGUCCUGAGCAAGAAUCACAGAAAAAUCCAUCUCUUCCUCAACCAGCCAGCCAACACAUUCACUUUCCAAUAGGUCACUGGUAACAUUUAGUUGGAGAAUCCUCGAUAAUUAUUCCCUGUGCUUAGUUUACACUCACUAAGACUAGGUUUAGGUCACUCAUUGCUGCCAAUUGACUAGAUUGGACGAGCUACUCCACAGUACUGUGCAGGGAGGGAAGGCAUCUGAUAUGACUAUUGACAUGAAUUACUCCAUAUAUGGUACAUGUUUGAAUGAAAAAAAAAGUGAUGACAAUGUUUAAGAAUGUGAUGUGUAUGGGAGAAAAUUUUAAAUUAUUUUGCAUAUUGUAUAAAUCUAAUGUCUAAUCUGAUGCUCAAGUUUGCUGCAACAUUAUUGUUUAUUUUAUACCAACUUCACCAUUGUAAGGGCAAUUUACUUUCUAGGAAAGCAGUUAUGGGCCUUAUGCAUUUCAUGCAAAUCUGGUCAUUAAGCAAAUUUGAUCACUGCUGCCUGCAUUCUGCCUUGGUUAAUUAUCAUUCUUUUCCUUGCUGGUUAGCUCCCAAUUCUCCAAUGCAUCUCAUUUAAAAUUUUCACUGUUGUUUUUACAUUCCUCUAUGAUCUCAUGCUUCUGUAUCAUGUAACACUUUUGCUGUUCCUCAAGCUCCAACCUCUGUGCUACUAUUGUAGGAACUGAUCAAAGAACAAAGAAAAUUACAGCACAGGAACAGGCCCUUCGGCCCUCCAAGCCUGCGCCGAUCAGAUCCUCUACCUAAACCUGUAACCUAUUUUCCGAGCAUCUGCAUCCCUCUGUUCUCUGCCCAUUCAUGUAUCUGUUGAGAUACAUCUUAAAUGAUGCUUUUGUGCCUGCCUCUACCACCUCUGCUGGAAACGCAUUCCAGGCACUCACCACCCUCUGUGUAAAGACCUUUCCACGCAUAUCUCCCUUAAACUUUUACCCUCUCACCUUGAAAUUGUGACCCCUAGUAAUUGAGUCCCCCACUCUGGGAAAACGUUUCUUGCUAUCCACCCUGUCUAUACUUCUCAUGAUUUCGUAGACCUCAAUCAGGUCCCCUCUCAACCUCUGUCUUCCUAAUGUAAAUAAUCCUAAUCUACUCAAGCUCUCUGCAUAGCUAGCAUCCUCCACACCAGGCAACACCCUGGUGAACCUCCUCUGCACCCUCUCCAAAGCAUCCACGUCCUUUUGGUAAUGUGGCGACCAGAACUAUAUGCAGUACUCCAAAUGUGCUUGAACCAAAGUCCUGUACAACUGUAACAUGACCUGCCAACUCUUGUACUCAAUGCCCCGUCCGAUGAAUGAAAGCAUGCCGUAUGCCUCCUUGACCGCUCUAUUGAUCUGCGUUGCCACCUUCAGGCUAUAAUGGACCUGAACACCCAGAUCUCUCUGUGCAUCAAUUUUCUCCAGGGCUUUUCCAUUUACCGUAUAGUUCGCUCUUAAAUUGGAUCUUCCAAAAUGCAUCACCUCGCAUUUGCCUGGAUUGAACUCCAUCUGCCAUUUCUCUGCCCGACUCUUCAAUCUAUCUUUAUUCUGCUGCAUUCUCUGACAGUCCCCUUCACUAUCUGCUACUCCACCAAUCUUAGUGUCAACUGUAAACUUGCUAAUCAGACAAUCUAUACCUUCCUCCAGAUCGUUAUGUAUAUCACAAACACUAAGUCCCUGGAUACUGUGAGCAACCUGGGAGAAAAAUUAGAAAGGGCUUAAAAAAUCUCAUUUUCUUUCAAAUGCUUUCACGUAUUAAUUAUCAAAAUACUCCAAGUGAGAUUAAAAUUUGUUUGAUUGGAGAGAAAAAGCUGUGACAAACCCUCUUAGGAUCUCUUUUGAGCAUGAUAGGAGGUAGGAGUGCAGAUACAAAAAACAGGAGGAACCGAUCUUUGAGUCUGUUCCUGCCUCUUUUAUAACCAUGCUGGAUCAACUCCAGUUUCCUGCUUACUCACCAUAUUCCUUGAUUCCCUGAAAAACCAAAAUUCUUAGUCUCAAAUAUAUUAAUUAAUAGAACAUCUACAACCUUUAGAUGGGAGAUUUCCAAAGAUUCACAUUCCUCUGAAUGAAGAAAUCUCUCCUCAUUUCAGUCCUUAAUGAUUGGUCCGUAUUUCAAAGAACGUGCCUCUGUACUCUAGAUUUCCCAGUCAAGGGAAACAAUCUUCCAGUGUCUGCUCUGUCACACCUCUUCUGAGCCAAGCAGAAAUACUUGGGUCAGUUAAAGAUAACGCAUUUCAGGAGUGCACUUAGUAGUCUGAAAAAUGUAUAAACAUCAGCAAUUUUGAAAAGUUUGUUGAACAAAUCUUACUUCAUAUAGUUGAGCACGUUCCUGCCUCUCUAUGAUAUGGUGGUGCAGCAAAAGGUUAGAAAUUAAAAUUAAUUGUCUCUGUGUUAUGUUCUAAAGUCAAUAUUUACUUUAAUAAUGAACUAAGUUGAUGAGCAAGUGCACCAUGUGACAGAACAUCUAAGAAACUACAGCAAUGGAAAGAAGCAUGAGACAACACAAGCUUAUGAAAUCAGAUUUGCAUGAUUAAUUUCUUUUGAAAUGAAAUGGUACUAGCUGUUCUGUACUAGACUGUAAAUAAAUGCUUAAUAAAAUAUGAUGCAAGAUCUAUUUUCCCUCAAAAAUUUCUAAUGCUGUGUCCCUCCAGCUUAGCAAAGGUAAAGAACCAAAAACAGAGUGUAGCAACAGCAUAAAGUUAAAUCUUUACCAUAUCACACAGAAAUAUCUGGAUUUAGCUGAAAUUGUCUUCACUUUGAGAAACUAAGUGACUGCAGGAACAAUCUCAGAAAGAAAGCAGAGAGGAAUAAGGAAGUCCAGUUGAACAGACAGACAGGAGGGAAGCCCCAGGGGCUCGAGGGGAAUGGCACAGAGAACAUGACAGACAGCAAGAAAGAUCGAGAGACAGAAAAGCCAACAGACAGGCAGACAAGCUGACAGACAGAUGAGCCGACACAGAUAGAUGAGCCAACAGGGGAGUGAACCUGAAGAGUAGUCAGAUGGUGGAAUCCUGCAGUGAGAAACAACUCCAACUCAACUCGGGUCCAAAGCCUACCUACUAUUGACAAGGCAUAAAUCAAAGCAUGAUGGAAUACUAUUCACUUGCCUAGAUGAGUGCUGCUCCAACAUUGAAGAAGCUUGAUACCGUCCUGAACAAAGCAACCCACUUGAUUGGUAACACAUCAAUAAACAUUCACUCACUUUGCCAUCAACACUCAAUAGCAGUAGUGCAUACCAAAGCUUUUUAAACAGCACUUUCUAAACCCACAAUCACUUCUAGCCAGAAGGACAAUGGCAACAGUUACAUGAGAACACCACCAUCUGCAAGUUCCCCUCCAAGCCACUCACCAUCCUGACAUGGAAACUUGUCACUGUUCCCUUAUUGUCACUAGGUCAAACUCCUGGAAUUCCCUCCCAAACAGCAUUGAGUGCACCUACAGCAAAUAGACUGCAGUGGUUCACCACCACAAACUCAAGGGUAACUAUGGAUGGGCACUAAAUGUUGGGCCAGCCAGCAAGGUGAAUGAAAGCACAUUUUGUCCAAGACAUUUUCACCCAUCUAAUGUUUUAGAUUAAGUAGUAGUUGGUUUGCCGGAGGAAGUUUUCACAGAAAUAUUAAAUACUAAAAACAGAAAACACUAUUCACACGUGCCUCUCUGAUGAAGGGUCCAGGCCCGAAACGUCAGCUUUUGUGCUCCUGAGAUGCUGCUUGGCCUGCUGUGUUCAUCCAGCCUCACAUUUUAUUAUCUUGGAAUUCUCCAGCAUCUGCAGUUCCUAUUAUCUCUAACACUAUUCACAUUCAGGUCUGAUAGCUGAAGAGAGAAGCGUGCUCAUUUUUAACCAGCCUGGGGUGGUGCGAGAGCUGAUAUAGUAACAAACAGCCUUGGCUGUGAUCAUUUCCACUCCCCUUUGGCCUUGUAUCAUCAUUACUUCUCUCUUAUAUCAUCUUAGCACUGGCCUUUGCUUUUAUUCUUUUCUUUUCCUUUCCUCUUCCCUUUCCAGGUCUCUAUAAAUGCUUACAACCUGCUCACUGUCCAGUGUUUUCCAGUUUUGGCAAAACAUUACUGACCUGAAAAAUCAAUUCUGCUUCUUUCUCCAUACACACAAAAAUGACCAGCUGAGUAUAAAUGGCAUUUUCUUUUCCUUUUAUUUCAUAUUUCAAAUAUCCACAGUCCUUUGCUUUUGAAAUACCUUCUGGUACUGGGACAUUUUCACAGAUUCAGUAAUGCCAACUGUAAACAUAGCUUAUUUUGAAUCUGUAGCAAGAUGUCUGUUACAAUAAUGAGAUUUCAAAGAUUAUCGUGAAAACCUGCUCUGAAGCUGACCUGCAAGCGUGGGUGGUUUGAUUGCUAUAGAUUAAAAGGGUUAUACGAUGUUUUGCUGGGAGAAGGUACAAGGUGUUUACGCUUGGAGACAACAGUAAUAACCUCUGUGCUAUCAGUGGAUAAACUGGGGAUCUCCAACAUGCUGGAAAAGUGGGGGAAUCUCCAAAAUGCAAAUGAAAGCUUGUGCUCACACUGAAAAGACCAAAUUCUGGUAGAAGUGCCUAGCUUAAAUCUCCAGUAAUACUCUCACCAUGAUUAACAGUGCUGGGGUUAGAAGUUAACAGGUUGAGAAAGGAGAGUUCCAAAGUAAACUUUGAGUAAUUAAUCAUAAUGGACUGUUUCCAGAGAGGAAAAAAGAAGUCAAAUGUCUACUUCACUAGACAGUGAAGUGCAUUGUAUCGGCUGUGUUAAACAUGCCAUUCUGUAGUCAACCACAAGGUGCAUAAUAAAGUGGCUUUGGUCAAUA